AGGAAUGGGAGGCGGCAAGAGAGAGUAUAUAUUCAGGACCCAACCAUCCAGGGCACAUAGGCUGACCGGCUGCCCGCCCACCUCUGCUUUCUCCAGGAUCACAGGAGCUCCAGACAGCGUCCAGCCACCAUGAGUUCACUCAGUGAAGCAAACACCCACUUUGCAAUCGACCUGUUCAAACAGAUCAGAGGAUCAAAGGAGCAAAAUGUCUUCUAUUCCCCUUUCAAUAUCAUGUCAGCCUUAGCCAUGACUUCCUUAGGGGCCCGAGGACACACGGCAUCAGAAAUUGAGAAGGUCCUUCACUUUAAUGGAAUCACAGGGAGCACAAAAGGAGGAGCCACAAAAGAUCCCGUUGAAAAGUCAGGAAAUGUUCAUCAUCAAUUUCAAAAGCUUCUGACUGAGUUAAAGAAACCCAGUGAUGCCUACGAGCUGAAAGUCGCCAACAGGCUCUAUGGACGAAAGGAGUUUCCGUUUCGUCAGGAAUACAUAAAUAAUGUUAAGAAAUUUUACCUGGCCAGUGUGGAAUCCACUGAUUUUGUCCAUGCUGCAGAAGAAAGUCGAAAGAUGAUUAAUUCCUGGGUGGAAAGUCAAACUAAUGAAAAAAUCAAGGAUCUGUUUCCCAAAGGUACUAUUAACCACUAUACUAUUCUGGUUCUGGUGACCGCAAUCUAUUUCAAAGGGAAGUGGCUCCAGGAAUUUAAGAAGGAAAAUACUGUGGAGGAAAAAUUUUGGCUGAACAAGGAUACAAGCAAAUCCGUGCAGAUGAUGAAACAAACCAGUCAUUUCAAUUUCACCGCACUGGAGGACUUGCAAGUCAAGAUCCUGGAAAUUCCGUACAAAGGCGAAGAGCUAAGCAUGGUGGUGCUGCUGCCCGAUGAAGUGGAUGGUCUGCAGAAGCUUGAAGAUCAACUCACUGCUGAGAAGUUAAUAGAGUGGACGAGCCCACAGAAUAUGAGGGGGAGUCACGUGCAUUUACACCUACCUCGGUUCAAAGUGGAAGCGAGCUACGGCCUCAAUGGCCCGCUGAGAGCCCUGGGGAUGGUGGCCGCCUUCAGUGACCAGGAAGCUGACUUCUCAGGCAUGAGCAGCGCAGGUGGCCUGGUGGUGUCAAAUGUCGUCCACAAGUCCUAUGUGGAGGUGAAUGAGGAGGGCACGGAGGCUGCAGCUGCUACAGGCAUAAGUAUUGGUAUCACAUCAUUACCACAUUAUGAGAGUUUCCACUGUGACCACCCUUUCCUCUUCUUCAUCAAGCACAACAAGACCAACACCAUCCUCUUCUACGGCAGAGUCUCUUCCCCUGAGAUGUGAUUAGCCAGCGGCUACACUCAGGGACAUUCCCAGAGUUGUUCCUGAGCACUGAUUGCUGGAAGUAACAGGUUUCUCUAGAUUCAUUUUCCUGUCCAAUCUCAUAGUCAACACUAAGAAUGUGUUGGUUGAAAUCAAAGUAUGUUUGUCUCUCUCCUUCUACAAACACGUGUAAACCUACUCUAUCUCCCCAUGAUAAAUCCUCUUUGUCCUUUUGGACAAAAAGUUUAUUUCAACACUCUAUCUUCUGCUAAGUCUGAAAUAUCAUACUUCCUAUUUCAAAAAUAUAUCUUCUACUCAAACCUAUUCACCUAGACACCCACAUUAAUUUGAAUUUAGGUGAAUUUAGGGACCCUUACUUCUCUAAAUUUCCUGAUUUUGAGAAAUACAUUAUCAAUAAAACAAUGACUUGUUCAUGACAUUUGUUGCUUUUCCUU